AUAAUGGCUUUAGUACCCUCAAGCAAUACACUAAAUGAAUGGGAUUAUUGGGAUCAGCGUCGUCGUUUGUGGCGUGAUUGGGAUCUAGUCGAUUGGGAUGUACCCUACUACAGACGUUUAAAUCGUGUCGGUUCAGCUCCUGAUCUCAGUCGUGUGGUGGUGGGCAAAGAUGGCUUUGAGGCCAAUAUUGAUGUGGGACCAUUUAAGCCCUAUGAAAUCACAGUGAAAACAUCAGGCGAUACCGUCAUAGUUGAGGCUAAACAUGAAAAACGCCGAGACGGUGAUAGUUUUGUGGGUCGCCACAUUGUCAAACGUUUCAUAUUGCCCCGUGGCUAUUAUCCCAAUGAUGUACGGGCUGAACUGAGUUCGGAUGGCAUCCUCAUAGUUAGAUGUCCACCAUGUUCCACGGCCGAACGUAGUGUUUAUGUGAGACAAAUGGGUCUACCCUAUUUGAGUUUAAAACAUUAAGUUCAA